UUGUUUCUUUCAGUGAAUGUGCUUUUGGACGGAGGAAGGGGAUCGCCCUGUGUCUUUCGCUAUCUCUGUAUUCCCCCUCCCCGACUCCUUUUCUCACCCUUGUCCUCCCCGUCUUCUCUGGAAUCCCCUCAGUGUGGCCCUAUUGUUCCCCUCUCACCUUUACUGUGUUUUGGCCAGAGGGUUGAAAUGGAGGCUGCUGCUUAUUCUCUAGGUGGGAAACCUCCUUUGCCUCCGUCCCACCAUCCCAAGCGCCCAAAUUUCCUUCCCUGGACCCUGAAGCAAGCCCAGUCUGUUGGUCGAGCCCUUCCCCCCUCCCCCGCCUUCUUUUCCUUCUAGCUUUGGGAGGCAUUGGGAGAUUACGUUCCGUCGAAGCUCCAUUGGAGAGGAAAGAGGGGGUUGUGUGAGCGUCUGCGGUGUUAUCUCCUGUGGGGAAGGGACACGGCGAGUCAGAGAGGAGGAGGAGGAGGAGGAAUUUAAAAAAACCUCGAUAAUUAUGACAUCUCGAGAGUGAUUUUGUGCUCUCCUCCCCGCUGCUAGCUGUGUGUGUUGUGUGUGUGUGUGAGAGAGAGAGACUCGUCUCUUUUGAGGGGAUCUCUCCCGCGGAUUUCUCCUCUGCUGUUGCUACUGCGCGGUGGCUGGUGGGUUGCCUCAGGUUAUUGCUGCUCUUUUCUUCGUCUUCGUCGUCUUCUUCUUUGACUGGCUCUGGCGGUGGAGAGGGAUGCUAUUGCUUGCCUGCUGCUGUUGCUGAGGCACUUUCACGCCUUCACAAAAAAGCCGCUGCUGCCGCCGCCCUCCUUCUCAGCUUCACCUUGCUUCUCUCAUGAGCAGAGAGCGAGGAACAAUAGCGGCCCAGGCAGCAGCAGAGGAGCUUUUCUUCCCUGGGAUUUAUGAAUGGCCCUGACAUGGAGGAAAUACCGUUUCAGAAAGUCAAGAAGAGCAAAAGGACAAGUAAGAAGUGCUGCCGCUAUUGUUGUUGUUCCCCUUAUCCUGGGCCGCCGCUGCCACCGCCGCCGGCUGCCGGGAGCAGCACCGCCGCAAAUGCAGCUCAGGCCGGCGGAGGAGGCGGCGGAGGAGGCGGCGGCGGCGGGGCUCCUGCGGCCCGGCGGCAGCUGCUGGACAGCGUGGCCUGCGAGGACCAGUUCGACUGCAAGGAGCUGGAGUCGCUGUUCCAGAACUACAACCUGAAGCUGGAACAGACCUCGACGCUGAAGGCGCUGGCCGUGCUGAUCGUACUGACGGCCAGCCUAGCGCUGGUGGAGCUGCUGUCGGGCCCGAGCUUGACCAUCUCUAAGGGCUCCCACCCGGUGCACUGCAUCAUCUUCCUCUCCCUCUUCAUUGUCACCAACGUCAAGUACCUGCAGGUCACUCAGCUGCAGCAGAUCGUGAAGCUCACGUUACUGUUCACCUUCACCUUCGCUUUCCUCUGCUGCCCCUUUUCGCUGGGUGCCUACGGCAUGGAGCCCCCCAGCGCCCCCGAGCAAGGCAUGUGGCAGCUCAUGCUGGUCACCUUCGUCUCGUAUUCCCUCCUGCCUGUCAGAACCCUUCUGGCCAUCGUCUUCGGCUUAACGGUGGCCGUCUGCCAUUUCAUUGUGACCGCCGCCUCUGUCAGUGCCAAAAGGCAGCCCCUCUGGAGGACGGUGAGUGGAACCCCUGCCUGCCCCCAAAUCCUUCCCUAGAAAAGCCCAGGAGGAAUUAGGGGAAUGUGUGGCCCAAAUCUGGGACAAGGAAAUGGAGCCUGUUUUAACAAAUGUGAGGUUGGUAGAGAAAAACCACAAGGUUAUUAAAAUGAACUGUUUAUGGAUGCCUUUUGUGUCCUUUGUUUCAAGGGCUCAGACAGCUCUUAGACCACCUGAUCAGUUGACCCACAAUUCUGCCGCUGUGUAAGCGGUAAAUCUCUGCUAAAAGGAAGGCUUUUUUUUUAAAAUGAAGUAUUAUGGAAGUCUAUAGAAAGCUCUGCAACUGCAAGAUUUGGGAGUACAUCACAGGGAUUAUGAUCUUACAGUUUAGGGUGAUAUCGGAGACACUUUUCUGUGUCACUGCAUUCAUGUGAGAACACUUCUCUUUUAAAAUAUGGCAGGUGGUGAGUGGAAGGUAUGUAGGCUAUAGAGGGCAGGGUGUGCCAUU